AUGGACGACGAACGACUACCCAAACGACUCUUCUACGGAGACGUCGCGACGGGUUCUCGCCGUCAAGGAGGCCAGAUUCGCCGUUACAAGGAUACCCUGAAGUCCUCCCUGAAAUGCCUGCAAAUCAACUCCACCAACUGGGAGGAGUUCGCACUCGAUCGACCGACCUGGAGGAGGACAGUGAAGACAGGCGCUGCGAUCUACGAAACCAACCGCAUCGCUGCCGCCAAAGCGAAACGUGAAGCCCGCAUAUCACAACUUCGCCCAGUAAGCAACGCCGCCGCACAACCGCUUCCAACGUGUCCUCGAUGUCAACGGACAUUCCGGGCUCGAAUCGGACUUGUUGGACAUCUUCGGAUUAACUGCGCCUCUCGAACGGCACCAACCAUCGUCCCCCGCCCGCCUCUUCCUCCUCCUCUCCGCCGCCAACUAACCCUGACAAUUCUUCUGACCCACCACUUCCAUCAUCCUCCUCCUCCUCCCCCUCCUCCUCCGCCUCGCCCACUGCUCCAACGGCGGCCGCUCAGGCGACUGUCCCGCGCACAGCAACCGACACUACCACCACCUCCCCCGACUCCAGCGAUGAGGAUCAGGACUACACCUGCCCUCACAGCGAUUGUACCUUCACCUCACACAUCGGCCUGGUCGGUCACUUGCGAAUCCAUCGCACAGAGACUGGCGAACCAGUGCGUGAAACACCAACCUACACCCACCGCACUCGCCUCCACUGCCCACACUGCCCUCGCACCUUCAGGCAUCGCAUGGGCCUUUUCGGCCACAUGCGCAUCCACGAGAGCGGCCUUGACCGCACUCCCGACACACCCACCACAUCCAACACAUCCACCGUGUACAACACCACCCUUGUUCCAUCCGUCCGCGACACCACCACCGCCUCCUUCGUAGCUGACACUGACACCGCCGACUUCUCAUGCCCACACUGUCCACGCACAUUCACCGCACGCAUCGGCCUGGUCGGUCACUUGCGAAUCCAUCGCACAGAGACUGGCGAACCAGUGCCUGGAGCACCAACCUAUAUCCACCAAGCUCGUCUCAACUGCCCACACUGCCCUCGCACUUUCAGGCAUCGCUUGGGUCUCUUCGGCCACAUGCGCAUCCACGACGACCUGCGGUAG